CACAGAAGAGCGCCGCUCCGGAACGCGCCAAGCUAGGAAUUCAGGAGCAGGGACAGAUCGUCAGCCCUCGACCCUGUUGUGAGCGCUGCGCUCUGGGGCCGAGAAUGGAGCCGCUAAAUAGCACGCACCCCAGCACAGCAGCCUCCAGCAGGCCCCUGCAGUCCCAUGUGCCCGGUGGUGGCAGCGGCAACGGCAACGAGUAUUUCUACGUCCUGGUUGUCAUGUCCUUCUACGGCAUUUUCUUGAUCGGAAUCAUGCUGGGCUACAUGAAGUCCAAGAGGCGGGAGAAGAAGUCCAGCCUCCUGCUGCUGUACAAGGACGAGGAGAGGCUCUGGGGGGAGGCCAUGAAGCCGCUGCCCGUGGUGUCCGGCCUGAGGUCGGUGCAGGUACCUAUGAUGCUGAACAUGCUGCAGGAGAGCGUGGCGCCCGCUCUGUCCUGCACGCUGUGCUCUAUGGAGGGGGACAGCGUGAGCUCCGAGUCCUCUGCCCCAGAUGUGCACCUCACCAUCCAGGAGGAGGGGGCGGACGAUGAGCUGGAGGAGACAUCUGAGACGCCUCUGAAUGAAAGCAGCGAGGGGUCCUCUGAGAACAUUCACCACAACUCCUAGCACCCUGGGGGCCGUCAAGGCGGCUCCAGCAGCCAGCACCCUUAGAGAUAGGAAGGGUGUUUUUCAAGUGUCUGUUUCACUUUUUUCAGUGCAGCUGUCACUUUGAAAAGAACCCCCGGGGAAACCCCCGAGAUGGCGUAGGGUGGGAGACAGGGCUCACCAGCAGGUCUCGAGGUCCUUACGCCCUGAAGACGUGCCGUGUGUGCAUCUACUUUGGGGCCUGAGUGUGGGGUUCCCGUUCAGAGCCUGGGGGACUGACGCGCUUGUCAUUUGCUCAUUGAUGCCCUGGGUAAUUUCUGCAUCAUCUUUCAAACGCCUAGGGCGGGCUGAGGGACUCGUUUUGAUUCGCUCAUCGCCUAGAGCUUUGUUCUAGAUGUGAUUGGCUGUAAGUGUCACUACUAUGUACCUGUGGUCUUAGAUCACAGAGGGUUACAAGCUUCUUUUGGAAGUCUUGCAUUAGAAAGGGAAAAUCUUGAUGAAGGAUUUUUAAAAAAAUUUUGAUGGGAGAAAACUAGAACUCUAAACUCAAUCUAUUUGGACAAUGGAAGGGGGAAAAGUCAACUUUUAAACUAGUUAACAUUAGCUGAGAUCAUAAGAGAUGAACUGGUAUUGUGAUUUGUGACUGUCCUGCCUGCUAGUAUGACUUUCCUGUGGUCGGAGGGCUUCCCUGGAGUCUAAUCUCCAAAUGUCCCUGCAGAGGGCUCCUUGGGAUCUUUCCAGAAGGGGGAAGAAUGAUGGGCUUGGACAAGGCCAACCCAUUCCCUCUGCUGUUGCCCAUUUUCUCAGCCUUGUCCUUUGAGGUGGGAGAAACAUACCCGGGACCUUACAAUGUGGCAUUGUGUCACACAAGAUAGUUCUAGACAGGCACACACAAGCUGGGGUCCACCUUCUGUGCUUCCAGGUCCAUAGCCCUGAUGCUCAUUUGCUGUGUGGUCCUGGGCAUGUUGUCAAGAGGCUUAUUGGCUUCACGGGGCUCCGGAGGAUGUGCCGCCCCAGGGGGCUGGGAGGAUGUCUUUGGAUUUCAGACUCUGUGAUAAAUCCUCCAUGGCCUGGUGUGAAGAGGCUUGGACCAAAUAUUUCCCCUUUGGCCAGUUAGUCUGUGAAAAGGAUCUGUUGAUUUAAGGGAGCAGUUGGGGACUCUGAAUACAUGUGACCGGGGAAUUCAGAGCUAAUCACAAACCAGCCCUUCUGUAGUUUUCCCAGGAUUGAACCAAAUUUUGGUCUGCAAAGUUCUCUGCCUGGUAGGCUGUGAGCACUCCCACCCAAGGGAAAGAGAAGUCUGUAAAAAAAAAUCUUACAACUGCUUGCCAGUGUCUGCAUGUAGUCUUCCUGGGAUCAGUCCCCUUGUAGCAUAAACUUUUAGCUCUUAAAGACAAGAUACACUAAAAGGCUCAACUUAGUUCUAGGAGUAAAAUCCUUUUGUUAUUAUUUUUUAAAACAUACUUCCCCUGUGUUUGAGACAUGAGAAUAACUAUAGUUCCCACGAAAGGGUUAACAGUGCUGGAACUGGUUUGUCAGUUCGCUUUGACAUACAGCUAGAGGAAAUUUAUGUUUGGGGGAACAGGGUUCAAAUUCACUUUAAAAUUCAGAGUGUAGAUUUCCUCCAAAGGGGGCCGUUUAAGUUGAAAGAAGCCAAGUUAAGUUUGGCCUGUUGCCUGGAAUCACUUGAAUUCUGAAACUUCACUGCGACGGACUUGUGCAGUGUCACAUUUUCCAUUGCUUAAGCCUGAAGUUUGGUGCAAGUCUAUCUGUGCCUGUUUAACAAAGUGAUGUAUAUACUUCCUUCUUGUUCUAUUGAGUUGUAUAGAAUUGUCUUUUGUAUUUAAUGCUUUGUAAUUUUCACAGUAUUUUUUAAUUUAA